AUGAGCAAGUAUGAACUGCUGGCCCAGACUGUCUUCACCAGCCACUGCCCAGACCCCAGCAGCAAGCAGUGUGGUGCUGGGAGCACAGAGACCUGCCCAGCCCCACGGCUGCUCAGCUGGGCCGACAGCAGCAUCCUAAAGGAGCCACCAGAGUUUUCCCCACUCACCUCCCCGGCAGCCUGGGAGCAACCGUCACCAGCGAGUGACAGCGCCAGGGAGGACGGGGAUGGGCCGUCCUGUGACAGGGUGCUGAGAUCGUCAGCACGGGGACAGCGCCUGUCCCAAGCUUCUUUGCCCUUGCAGGGAGCCAGUGCAGCACAGGGGACAGUGAAACCGCAGCAUCCUGCAGCGAGCGGUGGCACCAGCUCCGAAGGAGCCUGCGAUGAGCGGAGCAGAGGCUCAAGGAAAGGACGCUCGAGCUGCAGGGAAGACCAGCUCACUCCCGUGGUGCUCCUGGACCCUCGAGAAGUGACUCAGGUGGCAGGGGUCCAGCAGGAUGAACAGUCCUGCCCACAGCCAGGUUCGCCUUUAGGCCUGCAAGGAGGCAUGGGGAAGGAAUAUAAAGGCAGCAAGGUCCUUGCUGGAGAGGGAAGCACGUGCAGGAAAGCCUGCAUCAGCGGCUUCAGCUCCAGCCGCUGGGGCCGGCAGACGCGGCUGCGCCCGGUCCGGCUCAAAAACAAGAGGCAGCAGCAGGCCAAUAACUCCUUUUUCAGACCGCAGAGGAGGCUGAGAGGAAUGAAGAACAACGCUCUGGAGAUGUCUGCAGAUCUAAGAGACAAUAACUGUUCUUUCCUCAAUAACUCCCAUUGCUGGGGCAGGGUUCGAUCAUCGUUGUCCUUCCAUAAGAAAAAGAAAGUUGCAACAGAAGAGAGUUUCUGCAACAGCAUCCUUUGUACCCCUUUGAUGAAAUCCCAGCUUUCAGGCCCCCAAGCAACCCCAUCUCCUCAUAGGGCUCAGUGCUAUAGUCGGUCUGCUUCUUCCAUAGCCCUGCUCGCUCCUAGGAACUCCUGUUCUGUCAUGGAGCUGAUGCUUACAGAUGCGGAGAAGGUGUAUGGGGAAUGCCAGCAGGAGGGGCCUAUCUCUUUUGAGGAAUGCAUUCCAUUAGAUAAGCUGAAACAAUGCCAGAAAAUUGGGGAAGGGGUGUUUGGGGAAGUCUUCCGGACUCACAGUGAGAGAGGACCUGUGGCCUUAAAAAUAAUUCCCAUUGAGGGGAGCGAGAGAGUAAAUGGUGAAGCUCAAAAGAGUUUUGCAGAGAUUUUACCUGAGAUAAUAAUUUCAAGGGAACUCAGUCUUCUGUCUGAAGAGUCUCUGAACAGGACUGUAGGGUUCAUUAGCUUGUAUUCUGUGCACUGUGUUCAAGGGGCCUAUCCUAAGCACCUCCUGGAAGCCUGGGACAAAUACCACAAUGUAAUAGGAUCAGAAAAUGAUCGGCCAGACCUUUUUGGGGAUGAGCAGCUCUUCAUGGUUCUGGAAUUUGAAUUUGGAGGCAGUGAUUUGGAGAAUAUGAGGAAGAAGUUAAGUUCAGUGACGUCGGCAAAAAGCAUUUUGCAGCAGGUCACUGCUUCCCUGGCUGUAGCGGAACAGGAAUUGCACUUUGAGCACAGAGACUUGCACUGGGGGAACGUGCUGGUAAAGAGAACAGAUGUAAAGGAGCUUAGUUAUGUGCUGAACGGGGCUGUCUGCACGAUCCCCACAGCAGGUAUCCAGGUCAACAUCAUAGAUUACACCUUGUCUCGGCUAGAGAAAGAUGGAUUAACUGUAUUUUGUGACCUUUCCACUGAUGAAGAACUGUUCCAAGGCACAGGGGACUACCAGUUUGAUAUCUAUAGGCAAAUGAAAAUGGAGAACUCCAACAACUGGACUGACUAUCAGCCACACAGCAAUGUCCUCUGGCUACAUUACUUGUCAGAUAAACUUCUUUCACAAGUGACCUACAAGAAAAAGGAAACAACUUCUGCCAUGAGAAAAAUAAAGCAGCAGCUCCUUAAAUUCCGUAAGGAAGUACUAACUUUUGGUUCUGCAAGUGAAGUUCUGCAUAAUAGCAGCUUGUUUCAGUGAUUAAGGGACUGCAGUGUUUCUGCAGAUGG